CAAAAACACACACAUCUGUAUACACACAUGUAUCCGACAGUUUCUCCUUCUGAUCUCUCUUUUGAUUCUCUACUCAACUACCACUCUCAUACAUGCAACUUCGUAUAUAUAAUAUCAUUAAUUACACACAAAUGAGACACGCUAAUAUAUAUAUAAUUAAAAGACUGUCACUUUGCGCUUUGACCUAAUCAAGUUUAUAAUCAAGAAAAGGUUGAAAAGGAAGCUUUUUUCCGGUCGGUGCUGCAGAAAGUUGAAAGCACUGAGAUUCAGAAAAUGAGGAUUUUGUGUCUCUAAGUUGACUCAGAUUUGAAUCUUCGCUAAAGGGUUGGUUCCUGUGGAGAAACCUGAAGAAAACUUGAGGCAACAAAGCUCAGCUCAGAGUUGAAUAACCAUUAUAGUUCACAUGUCUUAUUUGCCAUGCAUAUUUGGAAUGUGAAGCUGGAUGGAGAGUUUGUGAACGGUGAAAUUGUAGUUUUUGGACAACUCCGGAAGUUUGAGGGUGGGUUCGUGUCUUUGGAGUGGUGGUAGUGUGAUGGGCUGCAAGUGUUCAAAAUUCACUUUGUGUUGUUUUAUCUCGAGGAAGAAUGGACCAGUUCGCGAGGCGCAUAAUGCUGAAAAUGAGGAGAAAAGUGAAGUCAAUGAUUUGCCUGCAUUCCGUGAAUACUCCAUCGAACAGCUCAGGAUAGCUACAUCUGGAUUUGCUGUAGAGAACAUUGUUUCAGAGCAUGGGGAGAAAGCCCCAAAUGUCGUUUAUAAAGGGAAGUUAGAGAAUGAGAGGCGAAUUGCUGUUAAACGCUUUAAUAGGUCAGCUUGGCCAGAUGCUCGUCAGUUCUUGGAAGAAGCAAGAUCUGUUGGUCAACUCCGCAACCAUAGGCUGGCAAAUUUACUUGGCUGCUGCUGUGAAGGUGAAGAGAGGUUGCUUGUUGCAGAAUUCAUGCCCAAUGAGACCCUUGCAAAACACUUAUUUCACUGGGAAACACAACCUAUGAAGUGGGCAAUGCGGUUAAGGGUGGCUUUAUAUCUUGCACAAGCUCUAGAAUACUGUACAAGCAAAGGACGUGCUCUUUAUCAUGAUCUUAAUGCUUACAGAAUAGUCUUUGAUGAUGAUGGUAAUCCCAGACUUUCAUGCUUUGGUCUAAUGAAGAACAGUAGGGAUGGAAAAAGCUAUAGCACCAACUUGGCAUUUACUCCUCCGGAAUACCUAAGGACUGGAAGAGUUACUCCUGACAGUGUAACGUAUAGCUUUGGCACACUAUUGCUUGAUCUUCUCAGUGGAAAACACAUUCCUCCUAGCCAUGCCCUUGAUUUGAUAAAGGACAGGAAUCUUCAGAUGCUGACUGAUUCUUGCUUAGAAGGUCAAUUUUCUAAUGAUCAUGGAACUGAGUUAGUACGUUUGGCAUCAAGAUGUUUACAGUAUGAACCCCGUGAGAGGCCAAAUCCAAAAUCAUUAGUUGCUGCAUUGAUUCCUCUUCAGAAGGAAACUGAGGUACCUUCUCAUGUGUUGAUGGGUAUCACUCAUAGUGGUGAGGUUAUGCCUCUAUCUGCACUUGGUGAAGCAUGUUUAAGAAUGGAUUUGACUGCUAUCCACGAGAUAUUAGAAAAACUUGGCUACAAAGAUGAUGAGGGAGCAGCAGCUGAGCUUUCCUUCCAGAUGUGGACCAAGCAGAUGCAGGAAACGUUGAACUCAAAGAAAAAGGGUGACGUGGCUUUCCGGCAUAAAGACUUUGGGCCUGCAAUUGAAUGUUACACUCGGUUUAUUGACGUUGGAACAAUGGUCUCGCCAACUGUUUUUGCACGCCGCAGUUUAUCAUAUCUCAUGAGUGAUAUGCCACAGGAAGCCCUCAAUGAUGCAGUACAAGCACAAGUCAUUUCUCCCGUUUGGCAUAUAGCUUCGUAUCUACAAGCUGCUGCUCUUUUUGCUCUCGGGAAGGAGAACGACGCACAAAUCGCAGUCAAAGAGGGUUCAAUACUUGAAGACAAGAGGAAAACAACUUCCAGAAAUUAGAGGGGAUUUGGCCAACAAUUUUCCCCGAGACAGUUAUAAAUCACGAGCCUCUUGGUUUCUGGACUGUAUAUAAAAUCCUUUUCGACUCUAUGAGCAACAUAUAAAAGAACAUUCUGCAUCAUUUGCAUCCAUGACCAGUUAUCUCGGCUGAAGGAUUUUUUUGCGACAUCAUUGAGCCAGUUCUUUCUCUUCUGCUUGGUCUGGUAGUCAAAAUUCCCUCAUGGACAGUUGUUUGACCUUUUCGAAUAACAAACUCUAGGGGAUAAUUUAAUGCCAUUCGUGUGCAUUACAUGUUGAUAAAGGAUUGAUCUUCGAGUUGGAAAGGGAUUCGAGAGACUUGCUAUGCCAUUAUUUAUGUACAGUGUUACAUGGCUUGGUCAUCUGAGAUUGGCUUUUUUCUUGGAUUUGGUUGCUUUGUUACUUAAGAAGGUUUAUUGUGGGCAUCAUUUAUUUGUAUGGCAAAAAUAUUCAUGUAGUCGAGUUUCUUGAAAAUGAAACUUAAUUAUGAGAGUUCAUUGGAUAAGUAUUCUCUGCGACUUGUUAUCAUGCUCAACCAUGGAUCAUUUUAUGGGAUUUAACAAUAUUUUGGA